AUGCGGCAGAUGAUGAGAAGCUUUUCUGAUCCUUUUGGACGAGAUCCAUUUCUCGGUAUAACAGAUGGCGGGGAGAGAACAGUAGAUCGAAGAGCACGCCAGGACUCUCAGGUUGCUUUAGGAGGAAAUCGCAGAGCAACAAGCUGCUCCCUCAUGCCCUUUGCAGGCUUUGGUAGAGUGCAGGAUGCAGAUUUUGGGGAACCUUUUUUUGCAAUGGACAGGAUGAUGUCAAAUAUGAGAAACAGUAUGCUGGAAAUGCAAAGAAAAUUUGAUGACCUAUCCAUCCAUCCAGAUGCACACACAUUCAGCUCCUCCUCUGUGAUGACAUACUCCAAAAUAGGGGAUGAACCACCAAAAGUUUUCCAAGCUUCAGCUCAGACACGCACAGCUCCGGGAGGUGUUAAGGAGACAAGAAAAGCACUUAAGGAUUCUGAAAGUGGACUGGAAAAAAUGGCUAUUGGUCAUCAUAUUCAUGAUCGUGCCCAUGUCAUUAAAAAGUCAAAGAACAGCAAGACUGGUGAUGAAGAAAUGAACCAAGAAUUCAUCAACCUGGAUGAGGCUGAGGCCCAGACCUUUGAUGAAGAGUGGCAGAAAGAGAUUAUGAAGUUCAAGCCAUCUAGAACUAGAUGCAAUUUAGAAGCUCCAAAAUACAGAAGUAUUCAUCACAUACCCAAGGAAGAUGGAUUAAGAAGAGAGAAACCACUUGCAGUUGCGGGUUCCAGGGAGCCCAGAGUUUCUGUGGAGAAUCUCAAUGUGAAAGGAACACAUGUCCCCAUCAAAAGCAGCAAAAAAUAAAUUGCUUCCAUUCUCCAUUUGAAUGGAGUUUCUUCAGAGAAGAUAAUGGUGCUGCAUUGCUUAUGUUCAUAUAAGUAUACAUAUAUAUGACCAAUCUCUGUUUUUUGUUUUAGUAAGUAUUAGUGUGCCUUGCUACUCUGAUCUUUUGACAGCUGAAUGUUGUUUAAAACUUCAGAUCCUUGGUUAAACCAUCUAGUUUCAGUAAAUUAAAAAACCAACAACUUUCCACUUAAAAGCACUUUAGGAUUAUCACACUAAUUCUGUUUAAAAAAAAAAAAAUAAUGCUUUGAUUUGCAAGAUUUUUGUGCUACAGUUGCACCAGUCUCAGACUUCUUAUUAAGCCUGGUAAUGAAACUACUUUUUCCCACACUCUGUAACUUGCACAGAAAGUAAAUUCUCUUUUUAUUUUGUGUGGGUAAAGUAAUUACUAAUUUUCUAGGUGAUAUAGCAAUUUGAAUACACCAUAGCCAAUAUAUAUAUCUAUCUAUCUUUAAAAUCAUAUUUUAAAUUGUUAUAGAAUCCCCAGAUUCACCUUGAUUUAACAUGAAGAAAAGUGCGAGGAAUACUGAAAUGACAAAUACUUCAAGUAAAUUUUAGUUUAUCAGUGUUCUUAUGUUCAUAAGCUGUACUUGCAUCUCAUUUUCUGUGCCUAGACUGUCAAUUUUGUAUUUCUGAUCCUUGGUAUGUUUCCUUUGAAGGUGGCCCAUUAUUUUUCAUUCUUGAAAAUUCUCUGUAGUAGCUUUUAAUUAUUCUGUAAUAAUGCUUUUAAUUAUUUUGUAAUAAUACCACUGUGUCCUAAGAAACUCAGCUGUAACUAUUAGUUAUUAAUAAGAAAAAUAUGUGGGAGAAAUUGGUUGAGUAGGCAGUAGUUUAACUGGAUAAUGAAUGAUUACACCAGUUCUUCUGUUCUAAAAAGCUAAAAGAGCCCUACAUACAGGAAGCCAUUUCCCCCCUCAGCUGAGAUGAGAUGUGUUUGUAUUCUUUUUUUGUCCUGUUUUAGUGGAUGUAGAAUGAUCCUAAAUCUAACACUUGAUCUCCCUCGACGUUGUCGUUAUUGUUUGGUUAAGAGUCUGAUGUUCUAGAGGAAAGCCAACUGAGAACAGGAAAGGUCUUUUUAUUGGAAAUGUUAAGUUCCUAUGCUGUUUUGUUACACAGAAUUGAUCCCUGUGUUGUAGCGUACAUAAUUUCUGUAGACUGUAAUGUUACAGCAUUAGCACUAUAGCAUGUAUUUCAAGGCUAAAACAUUAUAGUGUAGCCUUAAAAAAGGGCACUAUUUCUAUGAUAAAAUAGGUUUAGUAAGCUAAGAUUAAUACUUGUUUGGCUAAAAAGGAAACGGCCUUUAAAUCAUAUCUUUCUGCAGAUUCCCCAGAUAAUUUAAUUCUAUGUUUAUUAUUGUGCAAAAAUAAUCAAAAGUACUUUUGUUGAACUCUGACAAGGGAAAGAAUUGUUUCUUUGCUUGUUUAAUGCAAUGGCCUCUUCCUAUUAAUUAGAGCAAAUACUAGCGGCAAUAAGUUUAUGCUAUUGAACCAUUCUACGAGCAGUCAAGGUAAGGGGGUGGUAAGGGGGUAGCAACCUCUGACGGAAGGACAGGCUGAAACAGUGUGAUGCCACAGUCAUGCUGGAUGUCUGCCAGAACCCUGAAUCUAAAGGACGCUUUUACUCUCCUUAAAAAGUAAGAGUACAACUCUAGGGCCUGAUCUUCCAUACACUGAAGACAACAUUGAUUUUGCAAUUAAUGUCAUUGAGAAUGUAAGGCCAUGGAGGCAUUUUCCAGGUAUGUCACUUAAAUUUCCCAGUAAUAAACAGCAGAAAAGUUUUUCAUGUCAUAACUUCAGAAGAAAUCUUUGAUUUGAGAUGCUGCUAUUUAACAGAAAAUAGUAUUCAUCUGACAGCUUAUAUUUUUGUCUAUGUUUUACUGAAAUUGAAAAAAACAUGAUACAUAUAUGUAGUCAACAAAACAAGUAUACUUUGGUUUUUAAAUUAUAGUGGAAAGAGGCUAAUACUCAUUACAGAUUACUUUGUUAUCCAAAACAAUGUUCUAAAAUGUAAUACAAAAGAAAUUGUUCUACGUAGAAACAUCUGAAACUCUAAUUCUUUAAUAAAGUUAUUUAUUAUUUACA